UGAUUCCAUCGAUAGGGUCUUUGUCAAGGCCAUAGCCACCAUCCGGACGCUGUCCACGCGAUCACCCAAGAGCUCGCUCCCGCGGCCGCCGCUAGCCAACCGCGUCAAGCUGUACGGACUCUACAAACAAGCAACCGAGGGGGACGUCACAGGGCUUAUGGAAAGACCGAUAGGGUCGCGGCCAGAGGACGAGGCAGCAAAGCGCAAGUGGGACGCGUGGAAGCUGGAGGAAGGACUUUCCAAGACGGACGCUAAAAAACAGUACAUCUCAUAUCUUAUAGACACCAUGAGGAGCCAUGCCAACGAGUCUGUGGAGGCUCGUGAGCUGCUCAGCGAGUUGGAGUAUUUGUGGGACCAGGUCAAGGACCAGCAGGUGUCGCCCACGCUGGGCGAGUUCCAUCACGAUGUUCCGUUAUCCACGCGCGCGCAGAGCCCUGCUCUAUCGUUGUACCGGCUCACGUCGUCGGGCUCGCAUGCGAAUCUUGUGAGGCCUGUUUCGCGGCUCUCCAUGACCAGCGUUCCUGCAGAAAAACAGUCUGCACAAGGGGCUGGGCCGCGGGCCCUCAGCACCACCGCGACGAUAUCGCAGAUUGCAGGUUCUGGGGCCUCUGCGGGCGGAAUAAACGGCCAGGGCGUCGACACAACCAAAAAUCUCGACUUUGUGAGGUGGCAAAACGACAUCAACGCGACGCUGACCCGUCUCAGUUACGAGAUUUCGAGUUUGAAGACAAUUGGACUGAACGCCCAGCUACACGAGUCUCCGCCCAGUAGAAACGUGCCGAGAAAAGAAAAGAGAAGAAGAACGUUUUAUGCCCGCAUCAGAGCCCUCGUUGUUAGCCUGCUGAGCAAAAUGUUCAGAGCUUUCAAGAUAGUGCUGAAACAUGCGGCGCUAGACUCGGUGGUGGCUCUGGUUUUUCUGGGGUUCUUACACAAGAUAAGCAGGGUGCAAGGGUGGGACGCCGAUUUGGACCAGGCCCUGGGGUCUAAUGCUGAGGCGAUCUUGCGCGGCGUGCGGGAGUUCUACCACAGGGUUUUCAACGGUAAAUGGACCAUCUGGGGCAGCGAGCAGCAGCGGAAUGCGCUAAUCAGUGUUUAAAACGAGUACCAUAUAUCCUGCAAAAAGUCUAUUUUCUAGAUCUUUUUUUUUUUUAUUCUGGCUCUGGAAACCUUGUGCUUACUAAUCUGGGCUUCGCGAAGAAGGAAAGAGCAGAGGCAAAUUAAUUCUGUAAUAAUUUGCAAAAGAAGGGACUAUUGAGUCAUACCUGGUGAAAUUCCCACUGUUUUGUGCUCUAAACGAGACUUUUUCUACUUUUUAUUGCAACAACAGGCCUUACCCUUAAAUACGCUACCUAAUAAUGUCCACAGCAACCCCAGGUGGCUUGACCGAUGAGAGCGCGCACUCAAAACCCGGCCGCAAACCCAUCAACACAGAGCCGUCCAACAAAAGAACAGCGCAGAACAGAGCAGCACAACGGGCUUUUAGAGAACGGAAGGAGAAGAAAAUGAGGGAGCUGGAGAUGAAGGUCCAGAUGCUUGAAAACGAGAAGAUGCAGAUUGCCAAUGAAACAGAGUUGCUCAGAAUCCAGGUGAACACGCUCAUGAAUAGGCUCAUGAACCGUGGAGAAGGAGAUUUCUUAAAAGAACUCCCCACACUUGCAGAUUUAAGGCAGCAGAAUACCAACACCUCUACAACACUGACGUCAACAGACUCGGAAAAGUCUACAUCGAAUACUUCAUCUCCAAACAACUCGACCCACACGCCCGCCUCGUCGUACUCCUCAGCAGCAGAGAAAAGUACAGAAUUCUUGCUUCCGUGGAAUGAAAAGCGAAAACAGACCAACCACACCGAUGUGUCGAAAAACUCUUCUCCCAGACCAGACUUGCACGAUCUCAACCAAAAGAACUACAAAGGAGAUUUUGAGGAGGAGAGUUUCUGCAACAGUUUAGGAACUGUGUGCGGCGAUAAAAACUGUCCUGUUCCAAAGGAAAAGCGUCCUUCCACCGUCACUGGAGGCUCUACGCUUUCUUCGUGGCGUGGAAUAGCUUCGGAUUAUUCGGCCUCCCCUUUUCAGAUGCUUGCAGAGGUUGGGGCCGAGAAGCCAGAAAACAACGAACUGCCGUUCCUGUUCGACACUCCAACUUAUGACACCUCUUUAGUGUUUGACCAGGUGAAUCCUUCUGCCUUUUCUCCAAGCGAUUUCGCUUUCUCGGCUAUCGAGAAUGAAUUCCCCGUGACAACGGAAGCAGACCCACUGCAGGGAUUGAUAACCGAGGAGUCGAAGGACGACCCACUAAGCGAAUUUUUCGCCAAUCCACAGCAGCAGCAGCAGCAGCUGACGGUAAAUAACUUGAACUCACUCAACGGAACUGUUCCACGGAUCACCCCAGGAGUGUCUGUCGACGACAACGACAAGGAUGAGGCUGUGCCGGACACAUCUAAGAAUCUGAUGAAGUGCUCGCAGAUAUGGGAACGGAUCACGACGCAUCCGAAGUUCAGCGAGCUGGACAUUGAAGGUUUGUGUUCUGAGCUCAAGAUGAAGGCAAAGUGCAGCGAGAAGGGCGUUGUCGUGGAUGGCUCGGAUGUCGGCGAAGUGUUGACACGUGCGAUGAAUCGCUGAAUCACGGGUCUUGUUGAUAUUGGUUUUAUACGGUAAAUUUACUGUGACGGAUUACAUUAAUAUGAUUUGGAUUACAU